AUGGCGAACGCCAUAGAUUUGAUUGCUGGAGAUGACGACACAAUGAGGGUUGAUGAAGAAUGGGGUACUUCUACCCCAGCUAUUUCACUGGAUGACGAUUUCUUAUUCCCACACUUUGAAACCAAUGCCAGUCACGGUUACCAUUACCCAGAGCGUAUCAGCCGACUGAGGAAUUCGAUGGUCGAUUUGACAGAGGAUGACCCGGCCACUACUCAUGCUAUUAAUCAAGUGACGAACAAACUCAUGGACCGAGUACGACUGAGCACAUCUCCUCUUAUCAAUGAUGUAUGGACAGCCAACAUCAACAAUUACAUUGGUUUGACUGUCGAUGCCCCAGGUGGAACAGCUACAUUAGCGCCUGUGCCCACAGAUAUCUUACCAAAUGACUACCAUACUGAGCUGCUCGAGCGAUAUCGGAUUCCCUUGCGGCAUCCAGAAGCUCGCAGCAUCCAAAAGUGUUAUGUAAACCACAAUUGGUAUCGGGUGGGGGAAUCAGUUGAGCUGUACCCUUAUCAGGGACAUGGAAGCUCCCACUACUUCCGAAUUGAUAUCAUCAUUCAGAAAAAUCACAAGUAUCGUUUUUUUGGCCGGCAUCUCUGUGAAUCAUAUCCACCUUCGCCACGUGGGUGUGAAGUAUAUGACGUCUCGCCUGUGGCAUCAUUCUUCCCUAAAGUUCGUGGCGAGCUGGUAUGGAUGUUUGAUGAAAUUGAACCUGUUAAGCCGUCCCAGAUUGUGCGACACUCAAAGAUUUGGUUCUUAAACAGCCGCGCGAAAAGGUUUGGAGACCAUGAAACCCAGCUGGUAUGUCGAGUGCGAUACUCCUGCCAAGUGGAAGCUUCAGUCAACACUAUGUCAAAAGUUCACCUGAUUCGAUACCUGAAUGCCGAUGAAUGUGAUGCUCGGCGUGCGCUCACUUCAAAAUGUCUUCGUGACAUUUGGAGAGGACCGGAACCGACACGCCCAUUUGGCUCGGGUCGGCCCCUCAGAGGAUCGGACUUCGGAUUGAUUGAUCUUACCAUACCAUAUUAUGAGAAACAUGAGCGUGGGUACACUCUUGGAGAUGCUUAUUGUGGCGCAGGCGGUGUUUCGUGUGGUGCAAGAGCAGCCGGAUUCGAACCGAAAUGGGCAGUUGAUAUUGCUACACACGCCUGUGAAACAUAUCGUAUGAAUUUUGACUGUAUCGUCGAGAACUCACCCUUCGAUACUUUCAUCACCAACAAGCCUGCGGAACUACGUGUCGAUGUCUGUCAUGCGUCACCUCCAUGCCAGCCAUUUUCUCCGGCUCACACCAUCUCAAAUGAGGUCAGGGACGAGCAAAACUCCGCCUGCAUCUUCACCGCGUUAAAUUUGCUGGAGAAGGUCAAGCCUAGAAUCCUCACCAUGGAGGAGACGGCGGGUUUACCGUCACGACACCCUGAGAUCCUGAGUCGUAUGAUAAUGGACAUGGUUGAACUCGGAUACUCUGUUCGCUGGACCGUUUUGGAUGCAAUUAUCUAUGGUGUCCCUCAAAAUCGGAAGCGGCUUCUCAUAAUUGCAGCUGGGCCUGGAGAUCUCGUUCCUGAAUUUCCUAAGGCCACCCAUGGCAGACUUGGACUUCCCCGUGUUCCCGGCGUGAAUGAUUGUAUCGACAAUAUUCCGCCCAAUGCAGCAGACCAUGAUAUUGAAGCAGAGCUGGCCCGGUGCCUUUUGUCUUACAAGGAACCAUACGACGGAAGCCAGCCGGCCAAAACCAUUACCUGCUCUGGGGGCCAGGCAAAUCACCAUCCAUCCGGAAAGCGAGGCUUCACGCUACGUGAAUUUGCUUGUCUACAAACUUUCCCGGUCGACUUCCAAUUUGGUGAUCGCAACGUGAAGAGAAUGAUCGGCAACGCAGUACCACCCAGACUCUCCGAAGUCAUCUACACUGAGAUUCGAAAGUCUUUGCAGGCCACGGAUGCAUUGGAGUUACAGGGAGCAGUUCUGUGA